CCCGUCAGUCAGUGGCAGCAGUGGCAUCUUGCGAUCAGCAGAGAAUCCACGACAUUGAGGAUGAUCGCUGCUCCGUUUUUUCUCGCAUCUCGAUCUCGUUCCAGUCGCAGCGACUAGUGCGUUUCCCGCGAGUGUGUUCUGUGGUCUGUGGUGUCCGGUGUCGUGCUAAUUGGUGUUUUGUGGUGUUUCAGCCGUGCGCCGUGUUUUGGAUACCCUCCUAGACACCGCCCGACACGAUGUGGGCUCCCGCCGGAUUGAAUUCCUCGCUCCUCCUCUACGUUGCUGUUCUGGUGCUAUGCUGCCUCUCGUCAGUAUGGAGCAUAAUGGUGCCGUCUGGAAAACUGACCCCGAUCAUGCCCGCAGAGCCUCUGGCGCCCGGUGAAUCCAAAUUCAGCACCCCCAUCAGGCGGACGGUCCUGGAGGCGGCUCCUGUUUACGAGUACACCAACGAAAACCCAGAACCGGCUCCUCUGGACCCGAGCUACGUGCCCUACAACUACAAAUACAUCCGAUACCUCAAAAAACAAUCCAUCAACUAUGUGCCAACAAACCUCAAGGUGCCAAAAUACCAGCAGAAAUAUUACCAGAAGUAUGCGAAAUACCCAGAACAGAAGUAUGCAAAAUACCCAGAACAUCUUCGCCGGAAAUUCUUCGCCUACGACAGUAAAUCACAACACUGAAUUGAAUGAUAUAAAGUGUAAAUGUAUGUAUAUAUAGUGAAGUACGAUUCUCAUCUCGUUGCCAUGUUUUUUAUACACAUUGUGAACCAUAAUUUGUUUGUUUUCAAAACUUGUCAUUGUUUAUUUCUCCUGUCCUAAGUUUAGGAUUUUACCUUUCUUUUUUCCCCUGGAUUUACACUCAUUAUUUUAUUUUGGAAGAAUGAAUCAUCAACAGAUAGAUUCUAGAGAGCAAAAUCAGACUUAAAAUUAAUUUAUUGUUCUUAAAACAAUUUUACGAAUUAUAUUAGUCUUCCGUAACGUGUGUUAGGUACUCAUCAAAAUCAACUGUGAUCAUGCAAGGUAGCUUUAACCUAUCAACUUACAUCGUACUAAAAUGCAUUUUUGUAAAUUUGUAAAAGAAUUGUCUAAGAUGAUAACCUUCAGAAACAUUGUUAAUAAUAAUAAUAAUAAUAAAAAGAAAAAAUCUUUCCAUUCUCACCCAAA